AAUCAAUUAACCAAUACCAACAAUUGAUACACUAUACACAAUGGUCAAGCGCAAGCAAGUCAAAGACGGCGACGUCGACAUGGGGGGUACCGACCCGCGUGUUCGAGCGGAGGACUCGGACGACGAGGACAUUGACAUGGUGAACGUCGACUUUGAAUGGUUUGAUCCUCAGCCAGCGGUCGACUUUCACGGUCUGAAGAACCUCCUCCGUCAGCUGUUCGACACCGACGCCAUCGACUUUGACAUGUCUGCGUUGGCGGACCUGAUCCUGUCGCAGCCGACGCUCGGUUCGACCGUCAAGGUAGACGGCAAUGAGUCGGAUCCGUAUGCGUUUUUGUCUGUUCUGAACCUGCAGGAGCAUCAGACCUCACGCGCUACCUCCACCGCAAAGCCCAAUCCACCCCCUCGCUCGCCCCCUCGCCACCCUCCUCUCCCAGUCCCCCCGCCCCCCAUCGGCCUCGUCCUCACCGAGCGCCUCAUCAACAUGCCCUCGGAAGUCGUGCCCCCCAUGUACACCAUGCUGCAGGAGGAGAUCGCCUGGGCCAUCGAAGACAAGGAGCCCUACAACUUCUCGCACUACGUCAUCCUCUCCAAGACCUACGAGGAGGUCGAGUCCAAGCUCGACCAGGAGGCGGCCCGCCCGCAGAAGAAGAAGAAGAAGUCCGCUGGGAGCGGUGUUGAGCGCUUCUAUUUUCAUCCGGAGGAUGAGGUGCUGGAGCGACAUGCGCUUUGCUCUGGGUCGGUGUCGUAUGAUCAUGUCGCUGAUGAGGGGCUGUCGGAUUCGAAGCGCGCGUUCCAGGAGUUGGGGAUCCGGACGGGUGGGAGCUUGAUGUUGCUUGAGGGGGGGAAGUUGGAGGGGGCGGUUAAGGAUAUGGCGGAGUAUAUGAGGGGGGGUGCAUAG